CUCGCUCGCUCGCCAUGAUCGAGCUCACCUAGCUUGCUUGCUUGCUUGCGUUAACGACGACGAGGUUGGCAGCAUGAGUGCAGGGAGCCCGUCGCCGGGCGGCGGCGGGGGGAGUAUAUUUGGGUCGAGCGGCGUCGGCGGGUUCGGCUACGGCGUCGGCGCGUCGCUCGGCGUGCUGCUCAUCGUCUCCACCGUCGCGCUCGCCAUCUACUUCUGCAGCCGCACGUCCAUGCCGGUGGCGGCCGCCGCGGGGCCGCCGUCGCCUCCCCGGCGCCAGGACGGCGACGGCGACGUCGAGGCCGGCAUCGACGAGGCGACGCUGGAGGCGUUCCCGGUGGUGGUGUACGGCGAGGCGAGGAAGGCCAGGGAGGGCGGCGCCGCGGCGGCGCAGACGUGCUGCCCCGUCUGCCUGGAGAACUACGGCGACGCCGACGUGCUCCGGGCGCUGCCGGACUGCGGCCACCUGUUCCACCGCGGGUGCGUCGACCCGUGGCUCCGGCAGCGGCCGACGUGCCCCGUCUGCCGGACGUCGCCGCUGCCGAGCCCCAUGCCGACGCCGCUCGCCGAGGUCACGCCGCUGGCUCUCGCCAGGCCGUCGUGAGGAGCUUCUUGGCCUGCUUCUGUGUUUGAUUUUGUUUUUCCAUUUGUACACUGAAAAUUAUCACUAGAAGUAGGAAAAAAUUGAAGAAAAUUUGUUUAUUUUGUUGGGUGUACAUAAAUGUUUCAUGAGUCUCACAAAAUCUGCUCAAAAGUUGUCUCAGAUGGUAAUAAAACAAGAAGAAAUUUGCUCAAAAGUUGCCUCAAAUUGAGAACAUCAGUGAAAUUUCUUUCGAUAGAAAUUUUGCAAAACCAGCGAAAUUUUGGUAUUUUCGGUACCCUGCGAAAGAAAUGUCUUUUGCUCAAAAAAUUAGGUCCUUUUCAAAA